UGUUUUCUGUGGACUCGCAAAAACGAUGAACCAACAACAAACAAAAGUGUCAGCUCUGAUUCAAUGAAAUCUGAAGCAUAAGCAACUGUUUGAACACUGAAUCUGCACAGAAACAGAAGCAGAAACAGCAUCAGAACCUUCCAAAUGAAAGCACAAGAGAACAAUGGCAGCAACUUGUGCAGCUCAAGGAGGGUGCCCCACUGACUUCAUAGCCAUUGCUUUCUCCAUCUUGUCCUUCAUUCUGUAACUACCUUCAACUAACUUUGUGUUACUGCCCUUGAAUCUUUCAUGUGUUUGAUUAGUUUUGUAAGGGGUCAUCAUUUAUCCCUGCCAAUUUGGCUUCUCCACUAGCUGUUUGAUGAUAUGCCUGACUGAAUUUUGAGUUCUAGGCGGUUUAGUUUGUCCUUUUAUCAAAAUUAUAGCAACAAGGUUGUGUGGAGCUUUGGAGUUAACUUGCACAUUUUUACGAGUUUACAAGUUUAGCUCCCCAAAUGAGCGUAGAGGCUUCUGUUAUGGUCAAUAUUUCCUUUCAUAGUCCACAAGGUUCCUCGUACUCAAGGCAGUGGCUUCUGGCUACCAGUGAUACAAGUUGUUGCCAGCUUCAACCUUCUUCUAUCAAUUGUGAUGUCCAAUAAUUUUUUGAGAUUUGAAAAGAGGCAAUGGUGGCGGUCAUGCUACUUCUGGGCUGUCUGGGUUGAAGGUCCGCUAGGGUUUGGUUUGAUGUUGAGCUGUCGGAUAACACAAGCCUGUCAAUUAUAUUUUAUCUUUGUCAAGAGGCGUUUACCUCUGAUCAGAACAUAUUUUUUCCUUCCACUAAUUCUACUUCCCUGGGUUGUUGCUUCUUCUGUUAUCAAUAUGAGGAAGCCCCUAAAUCAUCAUUGUCACUUGAAUGCUCAUUGGGCCAUCCCAGUUGCAUGCCUCCAUUCAUUGUAUGUUGCCACAUUGCUUGCGGUUACAGGUGCUGUUCGUCAUGUGGAGUUCAGAUUUGAUGAACUCAGAGACCUCUGGCGUGGAAUAUUUGUAUCAGCAAUGUCAAUUGUUGUGUGGAAUAUUGCUUACAUACUGAACGAAAUUCAUGACGACGUCUCAUGGCUUCAAGUUGCCUCUAGAUUUCUGCUUUUACUUUUGGCUAGCAUACUCAUUCUGGCUUUCUUUUCGAUAUCAAGUUCACAACCACUGCUGUCACAAAUCAGCUUAAGGAGAAGAGAAUCCAGAGAAUUUCGCUCAAUGGGCCAGGCUUUGGGCAUACCCGACAGUGGGAUAUUAGCACAUAGUGAACUUUCCUCAAGGAUAGAUCCUAACGAGCCAUUGGAUAAGCUUCUCUUGAACAAGAGAUUUCGGCAGUCCUUUAUGGCAUUCGCUGACAGUUGCUUGGCGGGGGAGACCGUGCACCUUUUCGAUGAAGUGCACGAGCUCAGUAAAAUACCCGAAGAUGACACCGUGAGAAGGAUCUAUAUGGCACGUCAUAUUAUCGAGAAGUACAUAGUUGCAGGAGCUGCAAUGGAGGUGAACAUUUCACAUAGAAGUAGACAAGAAAUUUUGACAACUUCAAAUCUUGCACGCGCUGAUCUCUUCAGCAAUGCGCUAAAUGAGAUUAUGCAGCUAAUGAAAACGAACUUGGCAAAAGAUUACUGGUCAUCGAUGUUCUUCUUGAAGUUCCAAGAAGAAUCGAAUACGAGGGCUAAUGGCCAUGAUCCAGAGCAAAUGGCAGGAUGGAACUUCUCUCCAAGAUUGAGUUCUGUUCGCGGUGCAGAUGACCCUUUUCACCAGGACCAUCUGCAUAAGAGCAUGGACUAUGGCAAUGAUACUGACUCAUGAAAUUGGUAGUUGCCCUGUUGCCAAUUUUUUCCUUCUGGUUUAAUUGGAUGGUAUUGAAUUAUUGAUGCCUUGCCAAAUAAACCGGUUUUCCUUAUUAAAAGGAAUUUAGUAAUGUACUUUGUUUUUUGUUCAAACAAUCUAUAUGGUGGUUGGACAAUCAAUUAAUGUACAUAAAACCGAGGAGGGUAAGGAAUGAUAGCAUUCUUUUUAUUAUUAUUAUUUUUAUUUUCUUGAACAAGUUAGUACAUUUGUACAGGUAGGCUAGGCCUAGGACCAUAUAAAUUGUGUUAGGUUUGGCAUUUAAAUCUCACUGCAAGAAAUGAGGAUGUAUCA